AUGUUCCAAGAGCAGGCAGGUCCUUGAGGAAAGAUACUCUCUGCCCUCUUGCAUCAGAUCACUGUGGAGAAAAAUGACGGCUGGCUCUGUCUCGGUUCCUCAGGUCAUACCACUUCGAAUCCCUCUUCCAGGGAAGGCUAAACAUGAAAUAGACACAAAUACUCUUGUAGAAAUAAAAUCAGAUACACCUGAGGUCUCUAUUUAUUACACUUUAGAUGGGAGUAAGCCAGAACUCUUUAGAAAACCUGGCUGUGGAGAGCAUAACACUUUUAAAUAUAAGGGUCCUAUCAUGUUACCAGCUGGGAAAAUAAUGGUCAAAGCACUUGCAGUUACAAAGGACUGCAGGGAGAGUACAGUUGUAACAAAGGUGUUUCUGGUAGAGUUCAAACAACCAAAUGCCCUUUCCUCUGUUGAAGAGGAUGACAAGAAUCUCCUACAAGAUAUCACCACUCAGGAGAAGAAAGGUGGUGUAUUUAUUACAAAACCAAAGAAGAAUGGAGUCAAUGUGGAAAUCAAGCCUGCCUGGAUUGAAGCACCCCAAGAUUUUCAAGACUUGGAAGCAGGAAGAAAGACUACUCACAGGUCCCUGCAAGGACCACAGCUCCUUGCCAGCCAUUCGGAAACAGCAGAGUACAGCGAGGAAUCCAUCUCAGCACCACCUCUAGAGUCAUUACAGUUUGCUAGUUCUGCUGCAGCGACUAGCAGGAGAAGCUUAGCAAGCACACAGCUGUCAAGGAUCCAGAGAGAGACAGAUUUCCUCAAAUGUGCAUGCUGCUCUGCACCUCGCCUGUCUGACCCCUUGGCUCACUUCUGUCAGGCAUGUGGAUGUCCUAUCCCACCUGUGCCAGUACGCUGCUUUCCAGCCCCUGAAGGAUCACAGAUGGCGCCAUGUCUUGAAUGCAGACAUCUUGUGCCAAUGAAUACACCCUCUUGCAUUGUAUGUGAGUCACCAAUAGCUCCACAGCUGCAGCCCCAAACCAACAUGUGCGUAAAGGGCAAAGUAAUUUGUCAGGUGUGUGGCACAGGAAAUCCUCUUCACCAUAAACACUGUGUGACUUGUGAAAGCAGGCUGCCUGAAAUACAAAUGCCCAUGUUCGGGGACACCCCCCCACCUUACCACAGCCAGCAAAGCAAGACAGUUUCAUGCUCAAAAUGCCAUCGUGUUAACCAAAGUGAUGCCCGUUUCUGUGACUGGUGUGGAGCCAAGCCUGGACCUCCUCCAUCCUACUUUUCUUGUUUCAAGUGUGGCACAAACAAUCAUCCGUACGCUCGCUUCUGUGGGUCCUGUGGUGUUUACAUAGAGCCCCCAUCAAGGGUGAGUUCUCCCAACAGCAGUCUCAUGGAUGCUGGGGACUCACUAGGGGUUUCUGAGCCUAAACGAUUUCAAGCUCAAGUUGCCUGGCAGCCUCUUCCUAUUUCCUUGCCCAAAUCAGGGGCAGAACUAAAAGAAAGGGAAGAUAAAGGAACUCAAACCAUUGGACUUUUUUACCCAUCAAGCAAACUGUUGGAAAAGAAGGAGCUUGAGCUGAUUUCACAAAAAGAAAAACUGGAAAAGAUGAGUGAUCAUAAGCCUCUCCUGACAGCUAUUAGUCCUGGAAAAGGUUAUUGGAGAAAACAGCUGGAUCAUGUCUGUGCUCACCUUAGAAGCUAUGCUCAGAACAACCUUGACUUCAGAGCACUGAUUGGAGAACCUCGAAUGGGAAAGAUUAAUUCUGCUACCAUCUGUGAGGAUGACUGUGAAGUCACUAUUACACUGAAUUAUGCUCUUGCUAUUAACAAGAAUAUUCAUACUAAUAAGCCAGUGAAGUUCAGCAAUCGUUACCUGAGUGCUGCAACAGAAGUCACAGAUGGACAGGAUGGCAGUCAGACUAGUUUGGAGAGAAAGGAAUGUUUGGCUGACAGGGGAAAGAAAAUCACAGGACUGAUAACUAAGGAGACAGUAAAUAAGAUCAAAGAUGCUAGCCUUCAUGAUAGCAGAGCAGCACCCAGCGUGGAGUGAGACUGGAACAGAACAGAAGCAAGGACAUACCACUGCUAACUCAGCACCAGGACCUUGCAAGCAUGUGCAAGCACUGAGGUCAUUCAGUAACUACAGUGAGGAAGACUAUCGGCAACCACCGGGGAUCCCCCCUCAGCAUGAAAGGGCAUGUCUAAUUAGGAUGCAAAUAUUAUAAUUACCUAAUGGUGAAACUAUGAAUAUGCAUGAAUAUGCUAAAUAUAGAGCAACUGUCAGCAAGUAACGGGCACGAUCACCUGUGUGAAACUGUUAACGUGUGCUCACAGCUCUGCACUAAAGAAUGCCUGCUUUCCAAAACUCCA